AAACGCUGCUGCCUCUGCCGGUGACAGGUCUCCGUGAGCCGCGCAUUUUACGCGUAAACUUCAAGGUGAACUCGGUGCGAGGAGCCCGGGAGGGCCCCAGGAUUACCCCCCCCCCCCCCCCAUAUAUGGCAGCAACCAGGAGAGAAGCCGAACUCUUCCCCCCCCUCACAUCCCCCCCCUUUACCACCACCACCACCCCUCCUUUUCCAGUACAGCACCAUGCAAGACAGCGACAUGGAGCAGCCUCCGUCCCUGUCCCGGCUCCUGAGGGAGAGCUACCUGGCGGAGGCCCGGGCCCAGCAGCAGCACAGCCGCUCCGAUGCGUCCCCCUCGCGCUUCCAGAUCUACGGCGCCCUCAGAGGGAAGGGGGAGGACGCCGUCGGCCACGGCGACCCCCAGCUCCCCGACCUGUCGGCCUUCCUCAGCCAGGAGGAGCUGGACAAGAGCGUCAACCUGGCCCGCCAGGCCAUCGGACAGGAGCCCCGCGAGGACAGGGCGGAGGUCAAGGCCUCGCUGACUCUCCUGACCCCUGGCGGCACCUCGGCGGUUUCCUCCUCCGCCCCGUUCUCUGACCCUGCUCCUGCGUCUCCACCGGCUGUGUCCGUACCCCAGCCGGCCCCCGAGGUCCAGAAACCGCCUGCCGCCCAAACCACGGCCGCGCCGGACCGAAAAGUACACAAGGCGUCCACGCGGCAAGACAGCAUGAGCCGGAGCACUAAGGACGCCACAGAGGGGCCGGACGAGUACGGCCGGCAGGCGAAGGGCCCCCCGUACGGCCUGGAGACCCAGUCUAAAAAGGAGUUCCUAAAUAAGGCGGCUGACUUCAUUGAGGAGCUUUCUUCCCUCUUCAAGGCCAACAGCUCCAAGCGAGUGCGGCCCAGAGCGUGCAAGGCCCACCGGAGCCGGACCCAGAACAAGGGCCAGGGCGAGGAGGCGGCUUACCCCCUCAGCUCCGAAAACAGGGAGCGGACUGUGAUGCCGGCGGAGGUGGAGAGGGAGCGCCCGGGCCCCGCCGCCCCCCCCCGCGACCCGGCCGUCCAGCAGGAGCCGGACAGCGAACGCGCCGCGUUUAGGGACGGCAGAACCAACGAGGAGGAGGAGCACUUUGACCCCGUGUCGCAGGAGACCGGGGAGCAGGCGGAAAGCUUUCCCCUAACACAGACUCCGUAUUCAGCGGAGCCCGUGUGUGAGCCUCCGCAUUUUGUUCAGAAACUGAAAAGCAGGGAGGUCGCUGAGGGCAGCAAGGUCCAGUUAGACUGCAUCGUGAGAGGAUGUCCUACGCCCGAAGUCCGGUGGUUUUGUGAGGGCAAGGAGUUAGAGAACAGCCCCGACAUUCAGAUCAUCACCAACGGGGAGCUGCACUCUCUCAUCAUCGCAGAAGCGUUCGAGGAGGACACCGGCCGCUAUUCCUGCUUUGCGUCAAACUUCUACGGGACAGACUCCACAUCGGCAGAGAUCUAUGUCGAAGGUGCUUCUUCUUCAGACUCAGAGGGAGAUCAGCUAUUUGAAAAUGUAGCCCAGCUGCAGGGGAAACAGUAUAAGUCAUCCUCACCUUCACCUCCAUUGUCCAGCCAAAGCCUUCCUCCAGAGGAGGACCUCUCCGAGUCGUCUCAACCUGAGGAACCAGCCGAGGAACUCUCGUCUCCAAUAUCCAGCCCAGCAGCCCCGGAGUUUCAUCUGCCGGCGCGGGCAUCUGCUGCCCUCCUCCCAGUUCCAGAGCUGUCCAAAGCCUCUGUGGCCCAUCCUGCCCCGGAGCAUACGGCCCUUUUGGCCGCGCAGGCGCCGCAAACCUCGUCGGGUGACAGGGAACUUAGCGAAGCUCAGCGGUUGGCAGCAUCCCUCCCCGUCACACCCGCACCCCAGCAGGAGCCGGGGCCACCGGCUGAGUCGGGGCCUUUAACCCCAGUGGUGUCAUCAGUGCUGGCUGACCCCACGUCUCCUACACAAACACUUCACCUUCAGAGCCUGCAGGACCUCACUUCAGCGGAGAACCAGCUGGUGGUGCUGGAGUGCCGCGUGAAGGGGGUGCCGUCGCCUCGAGUGGACUGGUACAGGGAAGGCAAAAUCAUAGAGGACUCUCCCGAUUUCAGAAUCCUGCAGAAAAAGCCCAGAUCUCCAGCUGAAUCAGAGGAAAUAUGCACUUUGGUCAUCGCUGAGGUAUUUCCAGAGGACUCGGGAAUGUUUACCUGUACUGCAAACAACAAAUAUGGCACCGUUUCCAGUGCUGCAGCACUGAAGGUCAAAGGCAGUGGCAGCAACAGCAGCCACGUGAGGCCUUUCAGCAGUUUACCGGCGGAACCGAAUCAAAUCCAAGGCUUUUCCCCAUCAGCAAACCCUCAUCCUGAGGUCAGUGUGACGAGCAGCAUCAAGCCCCACUCCAGCACCAUCCGCCUGGACCCUCUCGUCCCCACCGCGUUGCGCCUGGACCCGGUGAACACCAGCACUCUUCGCCUGGAGCCCCACGCCCUCCGCACCAGCCUGCCCAGUCUGGAGCCCUCCAAUCUCACCAGCAGCUUCGGCCUGAACCCCCGCAGCACCAGCACCCCGACCUUAGAUCCUCUCUCUCUCCACCGAGACUCUCUCGGAUCCAUCGGAGGGCAUUCGGAACCACAAAUCGCCCACCGACAGAUUCUCCCCUACCCAAAGCCCUUUUCUGCGUCCGGCACCGCAGCUGAGCCGGAAACGCCGAGGCCCUCAGCGGCAUCGCCUGAGAAAACCCCCAAAGACAAGGGCACCCCGAACCACCUGAAUGGCAGCCCCGUGGUGGUGCCUCUGCCCGACCCCCCUCCGAACUCCUGCCUCAAAACCGGCACCCUGACCAACCACAGGGACUCGCGCUCCGGCUCAAGAGUUGGCCUGCGGGUGCACUUCAAACUCCCCGAAGAGGAAGCAGAGUACGAACAAGGUGACGAGUCCAAUCACUCUGAUGAAGACUUCGGCUUUGGAUCGGUCUGCAAAGAGCCCCCACCAGUGCUGGCUAAACCCAAACUGGACCCGGCCCAGCUCCAGCUUCUGCACAACCAGGUCCUCAUGGAGCAGCAGCAGGACACCGAACCCCCCGCCAAAACCCACGCCCCGCUUCAGCCCCAGCCCCCGUACCAGGUCCAGGUCCAGGUCCAGGCCCAGGCCCAGCUUGAGCCCCAAAGCUCCCAGGAAAACUCCCUUUGGUCCCCCAGAAUGCACCGCGAACCCCACCUGCAACCUUUCCAGUCUCACCUCAACACGACGACGCCUCCGCCCUUCGUCCCUCACUCAGCCCCUCCUCCCACCUCCUCCACCACCCCCCCUGCUCCCUCACUGACUUCUGCUCCCUACAUUUCCCCUCUUCCUAAGACCUCCCCUCCUGCCGUACCUCAGCUUAAGACCUCCUCCCUGGUGACCUCCCUGCCUCCUGCCCCACAGCUGAACGCAGCUGCUGCUCUCAGUGCAGCGCCGGUCAGCCAGGUCAGCAGCAUCCACGCCUCCCACCUGAACCUCUCCCCAGCCGCUCUGGCCAGAACCGCCCCCAACCCGCCGUUUUGUUCCCCCCCGGCUCCAAAGCUAAGCACCGCGCCCGUAGAUUCCGCUCCGAGCUUACAGCAGAUCACCUCCCCCAGCCCGCUGCUGAGGAGCACCCACGCCUCCCUCAUGAAUCUGACCGCCGUCUCUCACAGCUUCAACUACACCCGGCCAAAAGAGUUUAUCGCCGCCCAGACUUUCUCACCGGUCAGGAGUCCUUCCCCGACCGAGUCGCCGGUCCCUCUGCUCCAGGAGCUGGCUGCCGAGCUCAACUCUUCGGCGGCGAGCUCCCCCACUCUCCCACCAUUCUCCCCCCCGCCCAGGAUCUCUCCCACCAGGGUGCUGAAGUCCCCCACCAGCCCUCCGUCCCUGGUGUCCUCACCCACCCCGGGAUCGGCGCCAUUCCUGAACAGCGUGUUCGCCUUACGAGCCCAGUCACCCCCACAGGCCUCUUCUCCCACCUCCAGCAGCUCCAGCCCCAGCCCCAUUCAAAACCCCGUUGCCUUCCUCAGCUCCGUCCUGCCCUCGCUGAGCCCGAGCCAGCUCACCAACUCCAUGGGUCUGCCCAGAGGGGCUCCGCGAGGGGUUCAGAAGAAGGUGCCCAAGAUACGUCUCCCAUCAGCCGAAAACAUCCGCGAAAGCAAGGAAAUUCUCCUCCAGGACAUUGAGAAAAAGCUUCAAUUCAAAGACGACGCUCCAACAUUUGUGCAUCAACAGGAGUACAAAGUGUCCAAUUUUGAGCAAAGGCUAAUGAGUGAGAUCGAGUUCCGUUUGGAGCGGACGCCGGUGGAGGAGUCAGACGAUGACGUCCAGCACGACGACGUCCCCUCCGGAAAGUGCAUUGCGCCACUCUUUGACAAGAAACUGAAGAACUUCAAGGCUGUCGAGGGUGUGCCCGUCACUUUCUCGUGUAAAGUUCUGGGAAUCCCACCUCCAAAGGUUUACUGGUUCAAAGAUGGGAAGCAGAUCUUGAGGAAAAACCUUCAUUACAAGAAGAUCAGAGAGGGGGAUGGGACCUGUGCCUUACACAUAGAGUCCACGACCAGUGACGAUGACGGCAACUACACCAUCAUGGCAGCCAACCCACAGGGACGAAUCAGCUGCUCGGGUCAUUUGAUAGUCCAAACCGGACCGCCCCGGAGCCGACUGCCGCCCAUUCAUUCUCAGAGAGUGCGAGCGCGCAUACAGGAGGUGGAAGGGGAGCAAACCCAGGAGCGAUUCUUCCGCCCCCACUUCCUCCAGGCUCCGGGGGACAUGAUGGCUCACGAGGGAAGACUGUGCAGACUGGAUUGCAAAGUGAGCGGCCUGCCUAACCCAGAGUUAAUGUGGCUGGUCAAUGGCAGGCCAGUCUAUCCAGACCUCUACCAUAAGAUGCUGGUGCGGGAGAACGGCAUCCAUUCCCUGGUGAUCGACCCCCUGACGCAGAACGACGCGGGCACCUACACCUGCAUUGCCAGCAAUAAAGCCGGCCAGAGCUCGUUCAGCCUUGAGCUGACUGUCGUGGAGAAGGAGAUGAAGCACCCGCCCCAGUUUUUGGAGAAGCUGCAGAACAUGGGUAUCCCUGAGGGGACGCCUGUGAGGCUGGAGUGCCGUGUGCGGGGGAUGCCCCCUCCGGUCAUCUUCUGGAAGAAAGACAAUGAAACCAUUUCAAAAACGAAGGACAGAAUCAGCAUGACCCAGGAUUCCACAGGAUACGUGUGUCUCCUCAUCCAGCCAACAAGAAAAGACGAUGCGGGCUGGUACACAGUGUCAGCCAAAAAUGAGGCUGGAGUUGUGUCUUGCACCUGCAGACUUGAUAUCUAUGCACAGUGGCAUCAGAGCGUCCCGGCGCCCAUGAGGAAAGCUCCGAGAACAGGCAGCCGCUACGCCGCUCUGACAGGGCAGGGGCUCGACAUUAAGUCGGCUUUCCCCACGUCAGACACCAGUCCCAUCCUGUACGCCAGCUCCCCUCCUGAGGCCACGCUGGAGAGCGAGGAGCUGUGAGCGGAAAGAGUUGGGGAGGGGGGGG